AUGUCAAACUUUUUACUAUCUGUCGCAUCUAUAAUAAUAUUUGUCCUGCUAGGAAUUUAUGUAAUUCUGGGAUCGUUUAUGGAGCAUAAAAAGGCACCAGUAGGCCAUGAGACUGGAGUGGCGAUACUAACGGGGUUUUUGGUAUCACUCAUAGCAUGGGCAGCAGGAUAUAAAGAUCUUACUAAUACUCUUGAAUUCAACGGAGAUGUGUUUUUCUAUCUAUGCUUACCACCUAUAAUUUUUGCAUCUGGAUUUAACAUGAGAAGAAAGAGAUUCUUUGAGAAUAUUGGGUAUAUUAUGCUCUUUGGUCUUUUCGGGACAUUAUUAACUUUCAUAAUGUUUUCAAUUCUCACAUAUGCAUUUAUGCAAGCUAACAUCAUGUACAAAACAGUCGCUUUCCAGUUAAGCACAAUGGAAUGCCUUUUAGUAAGCUCAUUGCUUUGCUCAUCAGAUGUAAUAGCCGCUAUUUCAAUCAUUAAAUACGAAGAAUAGCCAAAACUCUUUUCGCUUAUUUUCGGAGAAGGUAUUGUAAAUGAUGCUGUCGCAAUCAUUUUGUUUAAUACUGUUUCAUUGUUUGUUGGAGAUCAUGUUGAAGAAUUCACAGGGGCUACUCCUUUCAAAAUCAUAGGAAACUUCCUUCUAUUGGGAUUUGCAUCAGUAGCAAUAGGUUUAGUUUUUGGGUUAUUAGGAUCAUAUAUAUUUAAAAGAAUGAGAUUCUUAACAGUUUCAGCAGUCAAGGAAACACUACUGAUAUUCUGCUUCGGUUAUAUGGCUUAUGCUACUGGAGAGCUCGCACAUAUGUCUGGCAUUAUUUCAUUAUUGACAUCAGGUGUUGUGAUGGCACAUUACGCAUGGUAUAACUUAUCACCUUAAGGUAAACAUGUUUCAAGCGUAGCAUUCUAAGUGAUUGGUUUUGGAUUUGAGGCUUUUGUAUUCGCAUAUUUGGGACUAGCGAUCUUUGCUUACUCUGAUUAUGAUUGGUCUUGGUAAUUUAUUUUAAUAGAGAUGAUAAUUAUUGUGAUUGGAAGAUAUUUCGGAGUAUUAGGGCUUAUAUAUUUAUUAGUAAUGUGUGGACAUAAGAAGUAAGUUAACUUCAAAGAAUUGGUAUUUAUAUCAUAUGCUGGUAUGAUUAGAGGAGCUAUUGCUUUUGGAUUGGUAUUAAAGAUAGAGGGAGUAGCUGAUAAAUCAGUGAUUGUUACAACUAGUUUAGCUCUUGUCAUAAUUACUACAAUACUUUAUGGGAGUUUAAUGCCAUUGGUUUAAAAGAAAUUAGUUCCACCUUAAGAAUCAGAUAAGCAUGAAUAUGAUGAGAACUUAGAAGUAGAAGAAGUUGAUGGACAAGACGGUUCUGGCAAGUAAGACAAAAUAAAUAAUUCUCAUUCUGAACAUGAGGAAUUUUUACAUCCAAAUAUGAUUAAAGAAACUGAAGAUGCAUCGAUGCUAAUCAGAAAAUCUUAAAUGAGUAAAUCUUAGAUCAAUCACAGAAACAAUCUAAAGAAGAAGAGAACUUGCAUGCACUAUUUCAAGACAUUUGAUGAUUAAAUCAUGAGACCGAUUCUGAUACACAAUUAUGAGCCUGAUAUGAUAUAAAAGAAAGAUGAGUUCAUCGAAUUGUUUGAAAAGGAUGGACAUAAAUGGGAGUAACUUUAUCUAAGUGAAUAGCACGCUUUAGAAGAUCAUGAGCAUGAUCAUGCACCAGGAUAAAGUAUUAUGAGACAUAUUGGAUCAGUUGCUGUUUAGAAAAGUAUUUUGAGAAAUACUAAUCUCUAGAUCAGAAAUAGUACACUUAGCAACAAUAAGUAAGUUGGAUUUAAAUCUAUCAUUGAUGGCAUCCAAAGUCAAAAGAAUUCUGUCGCUAGACCUUAAUAUAAGAGUCCAAUGAUUGAAAAUAAGAUGAGACCUAUUUCUGGAAGGAAGGAUGAUAUCACAUUAGUAGUUGAAGCAGCAGAGGAUAAAGAGGACAAUGAUAUGGAUGAGACUGCUCACCUUGGAGGUAACGGAGGAAGCCAAAGCUAAUCCUGA